CCUCGCUACAGUUUUGGACUCCAGGCAACACCUCAGAGUCGCCCUUCAGCUCAGGCCUCGGGAUCCACUCCUCCCGGCACUUCAGGAGCCGCUGGAGAUCGCAGCGGCAGCAGCAGCCUCCCUUGCCAGCCUCCAAGCUCCCUGCCAGCCCCAGGUUCACACUUUGGAAACAAAAGAUCUUACACACCAAACACAGUUGCAUCAAAUUUUGGUACAAGCUCAUCUUCUGUACGAGAUACUUAUCCUCAAAUACUUAAAACUCCAUUGUCUGCUGGAAAUCCCCAGAGAUCAGGUUAUAAAAGUUGGACACCACAAAUAGGAUAUUCAGCUACAUCCUCUUCUGCAGUUUCUGCAAAUGCCCCAUCAGUUAUUGUAGCUGUGGUAGAAGGGAGAGGACUUGCCAGAGGUGAAAUAGGAAUGGCAAGCAUUGAUUUAAAAAACCCUCAAAUUAUAUUAUCCCAGUUUGCAGACAAUACAACAUAUGCCAAGGUGAUCACUAAGCUCAAAAUUUUAUCUCCUUUGGAAAUAAUAAUGUCAAAUACUGCUUGUGUUGUGGGGAAUUCAACGAAGUUGUAUACUCUGAUCACAGAAAAUUUCAAGAAUGUUAAUUUCACUGCUAUCCAAAGGAAAUACUUCAAUGAAACAAGAGGAUUAGAAUACAUUGAACAAUUAUGUAUUACUGAAUUCAGCACUGUCCUAAUGGAGGUUCAAUCCAAGUAUUACUGCCUUGCAGCUGUUGCAGCUUUAUUAAAAUAUGUUGAAUUUAUUCAAAAUUCAGUUUAUGCGCCAAAAUCGCUGAAGAUUUGUUUUCAGGGUAGUGAACAGACAGCCAUGAUAGAUUCAUCCUCAGCCCAAAACCUUGAAUUGUUAAUUAAUAACCAAGACUGUAGGAAUAAUCAUACUCUUUUUGGUGUUUUAAAUUAUACUAAGACCCCUGGAGGGAGUAGAAGACUCCGUUCAAAUAUAUUAGAACCUCUGGUUGAUACUGAAACCAUUAACAUGAGAUUAGAUUGUGUUCAAGAACUACUUCAAGAUGAGGAACUCUUUUUUGGACUUCAAUCAGUUAUAUCAAGAUUCCUUGAUACGGAGCAGCUGCUUUCUGUUUUAGUCCAAAUUCCAAAGCAAGAUACGGUUAAUGCAGCUGAAUCAAAAAUAACAAAUUUAAUAUAUCUAAAACAUACCUUGGAACUUGUGGAUCCUUUAAAGAUUGCUCUGAAGAACUGUAACACACCUUUAUUAAGAGCUUACUAUGGUACCUUGGAAGACAAGAGGUUUGAAAUCAUACUUGAAAAGAUUAAAACAGUAAUUAAUGAUGAUGCAAGAUACAUGAAAGGAUGUUUGAAUAUGAGGACUCAGAAGUGCUAUGCAGUGAGGUCUCACAUAAACGAAUUUCUUGACAUAGCUAGAAGAACAUAUACAGAGAUAGUAGAUGACAUAGCAGGAAUGAUAACACAACUUGCAGAAAAAUAUAGUCUGCCUUUAAGGACAAGUUUUAGCUCUGCUCGAGGAUUUUUCAUCCAGAUGACUACAGAUUGUACAUUGCUACCCAUUGAUGAACUUCCUUCAGAAUUUAUUAAGAUUUCUAAAGUGAAAAAUUCUUACAGCUUUACCUCAGCAGAUUUAAUUAAAAUGAAUGAAAGAUGCCAAGAAUCUUUGAGAGAAAUCUAUCACAUGACUUACAUGAUAGUAUGCAAACUGCUUAGUGAGAUUUAUGAACAUAUUCAUUGCUUAUAUAAACUUUCUGACACUGUGUCAAUGGUGGAUAUGCUACUCUCAUUUGCUCAUGCCUGCACUCUUUCUGACUAUGUACGCCCAGAGUUUACUGACACUUUAGCAAUCAAACAAGGUUGGCAUCCUAUUCUUGAGAAAAUAUCUGUGGAAAAACCUGUAACCAACAAUACCUAUAUAACAGAAGGGAGUAAUUUUCUAAUCAUAACUGGACCAAAUAUGAGUGGGAAAUCCACAUACUUAAAACAGAUUGCUCUUUGUCAGAUUAUGGCCCAGAUUGGAUCAUAUGUUCCAGCAGAAUAUUCUUCCUUUAGAAUUGCUGACCAGAUUUUUACAAGGAUCAGUACUGAUGAUGAUAUAGAAACAAAUUCAUCAACAUUUAUGAAGGAAAUGAAAGAGAUAGCAUACAUUCUACAUAAUGCUAAUGACAAAUCACUCAUAAUAAUUGAUGAACUUGGCAGAGGUACUAAUACAGAAGAAGGUAUUGGUAUUUGUUAUGCUGUUUGUGAAUACCUGCUAAGCUUAAAGGCAUUUACACUGUUUGCUACACAUUUCCUGGAACUAUGUCAUAUAGAUGUCUUGUAUCCUAAUGUAGAAAACAUGCAUUUUGAAGUUCAGCAUGUAAAGAAUGCUUCAAGAAAUAAAGAAGCAAUUUUGUAUACUUACAGACUUUCUAAGGGACUCACAGAAGAAAAAAAUUAUGGUUUAAAAGCAGCAGAGGUAUCAUCACUUCCACAAUCAAUUGUCAUGGAUGCCAAAGAAAUCACAACUCAAAUUACAAGACAAAUUUUGCAACACCAAAGGAGUACCCCUGAGAUGGCAAGACAGAGAGCUGUUUAUCAUCUAGCCACAAGACUUGUUCAAACUGCUCGAAAUUCUCAAUUGGAUCCAGACAGUUUGCGGAUGUAUUUAAGUAAUCUCAAGAAGAAAUAUGAAGAUGAUUUAUACAGAGCUGAGCAAGUUCCAGGAAAGACUGAAGAAAAAUAA